UCAGCAUCACUGUAAAUGGCAGACGGUUCCAUCUCCAGACAACCUUUCCGAUCGAUGCUUACAACGCGACCUACUUUUCGCCCGAUAUCUGCCACAACAGUAUCUGAUGAGGGUGGAUCAGACGUCACUUUCCAAUGCUGACUCUAGGGUGCGCGUGACUCCCGAAUGCUGACCGGAUGGAGCUGCUGCUAUCGGUGCACGUGCUGGUGCUCGUCAUCCUGUCGUCUGCUUGGGGGAAGGAAGAAGAUGUGAUCUUAGAUUCGACGACAUUCGGUAACCUCAACUGGGAUUCGUUCAUGGCUACGAGUAAACAGACUGGCUGGCAAGAAGAUCUACACAAGCAAAACCGGAAACUGAUCAGUUUUUACAGUAUCUGUGACGUCAACAGGAAGGGAGCCAAUAGCUGGGUGACGACGCCAGGCGUUCCGACCAAUGGGAGCGCUCAUCUCUGGCUGGAGUUGCAGUACACCAUCAAGCCGUGCAGUGACGUAGUUCCGGUCUGUCAGCUGGGCGUGUACUACCACGAGUUGGAACGCCCCUCGGUCGUUCCCGUGCCCCUACACGCGCCGUGGAAGGAACUGCUAACGCUGACAAACAACGUCACUGUGACAGAUACCAAAGCUACGUUAGUGAUUAACGAGAUAUCGACAAUUAUUUCUUUAAAAACGAAAAAACCCUACCUAUCGGUGGGAUUUCAAGACAACGGAUCGUGCACCAAGCUGAUGUCGGUCCGAAUCUUCACCCGGUUCUGCUCUAACACCACGAAGGCCUUUGCAACAUUCCGUCAAACGUUCGCCUUGCUGGACGACCAGGUUAUUAUCGGGCAAUGCGUUCCCAAUUCGGAACUCGCGUUCGAUCCUAAAAGUACAUGCACCCGAGAUGGAGACUGGGAGAGGACUACAGGAGGUUGUAAGUGUCGAGACGGAUACACUGCCGUGGAAGACACAGAAUGUAUAAGUACGUCGAAAUGUUCACAGGUAAAAUCUGGCACGUCUCUUCUUCUGCUGGUGCUGGUGCUGAUGACGUACACAAGAGCCAUCUGGUGAGGCAAGAAAGAUAAGCCGAGCGUGAGUCCAGACUGUCUUCACUAUGCAGGCCAAAUCAUCAGGUCACGGCAGCUCUUGCUGUUUCAAGUUUAUCUUCAGGAAAAUAAUUUUGUCACCCAUUAAAGCAGGGCUUGAAAUUACGAAUGUCUUACCUACGGCAAUUUUCUAAGGUUUUUGCCGUAGACAAAAUGCUCAACUACGGCAAUGUUGGCCUGCCAACAACAAGUUUAAGCCAAUAACAAAUAAACAUAAAAUUGAAAAAAUUGCCUCUCGUAAAACUUCUGAGCUUUCGAAAUUCACAUCUCAAUUACGUCAGUUGCCGUCGGUUACGUCGUUAAUUUCGAGCCCUGCUGAAGACACGUCAAUUUUACCUUGCAAUAUAUUUCUAAUAUUAUAUUAUGUUAGUGUAGCUUAAUGCUAAUAGGAUAGGGUCCGUUAUUACAUUAGCGUCUAUCCACAGCAGGCUAGCUACUAUGAAGCUGUGAGAAAUUAGGAUUUUGAGAUUUUAAGUUAUAUCAAGAACAACAUUAAAAAUCGAAAGAAAAAAAUGGCGACGACACUCGUGUGUGGUUAAUAACAAAAACACACGAGUUCAUUAAAGCUGGUCUAUUUUUAGUUAAAAAAAACAAACAACAAAAACAUUACGUGGUGCCAUAAAUAGCAACAUAUCGUCAACGUUGGUUGCUACAAAUAUAAAAUUACACAUAUUAUUAUCUUGCCUAUGGUAGAGUACCAUUCGAGUCUACUGUUUCAAAAUGUACAAAUUGUGGAAAGAGCGGUUAUUAAAAUCGAGGUCGGUGUUUAUAAAACUUUUAAGGGGGUCUGGUCGGAUACCUGUCUCCAAGGCAGCUGUUAAAAGCAGGGGAUUAAAAUAACCAGGGGGUGGGGUGGUAGUAAACAGAAAUUACGACCUUUUCUCCAGCUGAACUAAACGGCAUUUAAAAAAAACUGAUCUCAAGGCAAAAGCCCCACACACACACCUAUCUUCUCGGAUACGGCCCUGUAAAGACCAUUCCAAAUUAAAACCGACAGGCAACGAUGUUCCCAGUUUUCAUUUUUACUGUUAUAUUUAUAUCAGAUGUCAUUUUGAAUGUUCUGUUAAUUUAACUUUCUUUCUAAUGUAGAUUGUUUAAAAUUAUUAAAUUUUGCAUAAUGUAUUUUGCUUGCUGUUGAAUAUAUAUUUUUAUGAUCCUUAAUGUUGUUAUAGAUUUAAAAAAAACAAAACAAAACAAAACAAACCAUUUGAUUUCUCUUUUGAUUUCAAAGGUUUUAAAAAGUAAUAUCUAUUUGUUAUUAUAUAUAGACCCUUGACGUUAUGUUAUCGUACAUUUACCGGCAUCGAUGGUGUAGUGGUUGAACCACCGGAGUCAAGACUGGUAGGUACAUGGUUCGGAUCCUGAUAUCGGCUCCAACCCAGAGCGAGUUUUUAACG